AUGUCCAGCUCUGUGACCCGUUUUGUGCCAGGCUGUGCCCCGCUCCGUGCCCUGUGUGCGCUGGGCUCUGCGCGGGUGUCGGGGUUUAGCCCCAGCCAGCAACAAGGACCACGCAGGCGCUGGACAGUGUUUGUUGGAAAGAACAAGCCGCAGAAAGAUCCCCUGAGCUCCUUCCGCUGGCAGGGCUUCAAGUUGGAAGAAUAUCUCAUCGGCCAACCCAUCGGGAAGGGCUGCAGCGCCGCUGUGUACGAAGCAGCUAUUCCUUUUUCUUGCGAUCGUCGGGGGCGUGCGGAGGGCAGCCAUCUCGCAGGGCGGGGGCCGGCCGUGCAGCAGGAUCAUGGCUCGGCCUCACAGGCGGCUGAAGAGGAGCCCGUCGUGAAACACCAACCGAAAGAGGCUUUUCCGUUAGCUAUCAAAAUGAUGUGGAACAUUUCGGCUGGUUCGUCAAGUGAAGCCAUCCUCGAUGCUAUGGGCCGAGAGCUUGUUCCAGCCACGGGGGUUGCCUUAGCCGGAGAAUACGGAGCCGUCUCUGGCCGCAGAAAACCUGUCCUUGGGAGGAAGAAGUUGCAGCCUCAUCCAAAUAUAAUCCAGGUGAUCCGAGCAUUCACAUCCUCAGUCCCUUUGCUGCCCGGAGCCUUCGCAGACUAUCCUGAUGUUCUUCCGUUAAGCCUGAAUCCCAGAGGGAUCGGUCACAGCCGCACGCUCUUCUUGGUGAUGAAGAAUUAUCCAUGCACCCUGCGGCAGUAUCUGAGGGAGAACAGUCCGGAUGUUGGUCUCUCCACAAUGAUGAUUUUACAGCUCUUGGAAGGCGUGGACCAUCUUGUUCGACACGGAAUCGCACACAGAGACCUGAAGUCUGACAACAUCCUGGUUGAAUUUGAUUCUGCUGGUUGCCCCUGGCUGGUCAUCACGGACUUCGGUUGCUGUUUGGCAGAUGAAAACAUCGGCUUGAGACUGCCUUUCACCAGCUCUUACGUGGAUCGGGGCGGCAACGGCUGUCUUAUGGCACCCGAGGUGAUCACGGCGUCACCUGGUCCAGGCACGGUGAUCAACUACAGCAAAGCCGAUGCUUGGGCUGUCGGAGCAAUCGCCUAUGAAAUCCUCGGCAUGGCCAAUCCUUUCUACGGCCACGGGGACUCCACUCUGGAAAGCAGAAGUUACCGUGAAGACCAGCUGCCAAGCCUGCCCGAUCGCGUGCCCCUUGAGGUGAAGCAAGUGAUAAAGAUGUUACUUCAGAGGGAUCCCAACAAGAGAUUGUCUGCUAGAGUUGCUGCUAACGUGCUUCACCUAAGCCUCUGGGGUGAAAGCGUUCUAGCGUCCAAGACCCUGAAACCCGACCAGAUGAUCGCCUGGCUUCUCUGCCAGUCUGCGGCCGCUUUGCUCACGGACAGACUAGUGGAUAAAAGCCGGGUAGAAACCAAAAUGAAGAUGUGCUUUUUGGCAAACCUUGAGUAUGAAGACCUCUGGGCAGCACUAUUCCUGUUGCUGGCCUGGAGAAGCCGGUCCGAGUGAAGAGUACCAUCUGGAACAC